AUGACGCAUGUGGAUCAUCAUAGGAACCUUCUAAACGCACAAGUGAACCGUAUUGAUGAUCGCGGCAACGGACUAGAGGAGAUGGCGUUGACCUUACCCAGCAUAUCCCAAGUACAAGACGAUGACUCGGAUCAGCGCAACAACUUGGCCACAGUUUCCGCCUAUUUUGAUGUGUGGUGGUUGGACGAGUUUCUCUUGUGGAACGCCACUGACUACGGUGGAAUCUCGAAAAUCUUCGUGCCGAUGAAAUGGAUUUGGAAACCUGAAUUCUACAUGUACCAUAGUGUGUAUGGACGAGUGCCAGAAUACGCUACGGAUGCUCCGGCGGAGAUUCGCUCCGAUGGACGUGUUCGCAUGUUCGUCUCCAUUUCGUCAAAAAGUUUUUGUCCUAUCAACUUCAAGCGAUUUCCCUUUGACUCACAGACGUGUUCAUUCUCGGAAUGGAAAUUGGCCUCGAUGAGAGGAUUUGAGUGUUUCGAAAUGUUCGUGGGCGACGUUUCAAUGAGAAAAUGCUCCUUGGUCGUAAAAUGGAACGGCUUGACCUUUGUGUACUGA